AUGGUCGAUCAUCCUGACCAACUAGAGUAUGCGAAGGCACUCUGGGAAGCUUCGGGGCACCCGCCUUUGGUAUUUAUGAAAGUGGAUGGCGGAUAUCAUCGAUCCGGAGUCGUGCCCCAAUCACCAAUCUCCGUGGACAUAUUGGCGAAACUAUUCCAGCUAGAUAACGAAGGUGUCAUUAAGUUCCAUGGUUUAUACAUCCAUGCCGGACACUCUUACGACGCCAGAGAAGAUUGGCAGGCACUCAAGUUCCUGUUGGAAGAGUUUACUGUCCUGGGGCAGUUUGCAGAUUCAUUCCAGGAGGGUCAACCGCCGCGCCCGUUGAUACUUUCAGUUGGCGCCUCCCCAACCGCAACAAGCUUACAGCAUCCCUGCCUCACGCAAUCGAACGAAUCGGCUAGCUGCAGCCACAAGGACUCGGAGAUAUGCCGAGAAAUUCUGAACCGACUACAGGACCUAAAGUCUAAAGGCUACCGGCUUGAAGCGCACGCGGGUGUAUACCCUACCCUGGAUCUACAGCAGCUGUCGACUCACGCUAGAUCUCCUGACCUCCUGAGUUCAGAUGAUAUCGGCAUCAGUAUCUUGGUGGAUGUAGUGUCUCUCUACCCAGGUCGAGGACCCGACGGCACGACGGAAGCUCUCAUCGACGCUGGAUGUCUUGGGCUCGGUCGGGAGCCGUGCAAGGACAUGGGUGGCGAAAAGAGUCGCCACUACAAUGGUUGGGGACUUGUAGCUCCUUGGCCAGAAGCCGGCCUUUCUAUUCCGCCACCUACUUCGGAGUUUCCUGCUGUUCACGGAGGCUGGCAAGUAGUCAAGGUGAGCCAGGAGCACGGCGUGUUGGGGUGGAAAGGGGACAGGACGGAUGAAGUGCCGCUCAAGGUCGGACAACGCGUCAGAAUCUGGCCAAACCACUCUUGUAUUGCUGGAGCCUGCUACGACUGGUACCUCAUUGUUGACAGUCGGAAGGAAGAAUCGCGGAACAUCGUUGUUGAUGUAUGGCCACGAUGGCGAGCACCUGUCGCAUAUGUCGCAACCUCGCCCGAUUAUCCGCUGCAGCAAAGUUGCCAUAUUCCAAACUUUCACUCGUUGGAUAAAUAUUUUGCCUUCCCUAUCAGUAUCAUGAAGCCUAUUCUAGCCGCAUUUAUUCUGUCGACCUGCUCUCCAGCCUGCUCGCUUGUGUUAGGGCUCAACAUCUUCCGAUACAUCGGCGACGUCCAACUACCCCUCAUGCCUCCGAUCGACAAGCCCCAUCAUCAACAACCCCCGCCUCAGGGCCAGGGCGAAGUGAUCCUCUCCGAUGUCAUGGGCCGCGAUAAGAGCAUCAACGUAUUCGCAGGCUUUACGCGCGACGUCGAGUGCAUCGAGGCACGCCUGGAUGACUCCAAGGUCAAUACGACUGUUCUAGCCCCACUUAACUCGGCGAUCGAGAAACUACCCCGGAAGCCGUGGGAGGAUCCUCGCGACUACGGCGCUCUUGGCGCCGAUGCGUACGAGGGCGAGGACGGCCUCGAAAGGGCGCAAAGGAAUCUGAGGCGGUUCGUCGAGGCGCAUAUCGUGCCUCGUAGUCCUUGGCCGGAAAACGACAAAGCCCAGGUAGUUGGUGGUGGUAGGGAUAUUUGGUGGGAGUCGCAGGGUAACAAGAAAAUUCUCAAGCCAGACAAUAUCGAGGUUGUUAACGUGGCAAGCUCAGUAUCAAAUGGCGAAGUGUGGAUCAUAAACGGCGUAGUUAACUACGCAUGA